AUGGAAGUGAAAUUCAUUAUUGGCAAGUACAGUGACAGGAGACCCCAGAGGGCUGAGCCGCAAAGAAUUUGCAGAGCCCUGUAGCUAACUCCAUGGCCCAGUUUGAUCUUGAAGUCAUUGUCUUGGAUAAUCCUCUCAAAUCUGUUCCUGUACUUAAGAGACAUUCAGCACAUGACUGAGCUCCCUCUCAGGUUCCUUCACAUCGACCUGUCAGAGCUGACUUUCAGGGAAUGUACAUCACAUCAAAUCAUCCAACAGAUGGUCCUUUCAAAUAAGUUGGAACAGAACCAACUAUAUGGAGAAGUCAUAAACAAGGAAACAGGCAAUCCAAUUUUCAAUGGAUUGGAGUCACUCUUUGUUAAAACAAACAAACAAACAAACAAAACUCAGUCUCUUGAGUGGAACAUGAGUCCUACAGAAUGUGUGAGCACUAAGCAGAUUGAAUCUUGCUCCGCUUGGGCUCAUGCUGUGAUAGGAGAUACAGAGGGACACUUUGGAGUCCAAGCUCUUCAUCAUCUCAAUGAAGUGUUCUUCAAUGUCACAGCUCUAAGAAGUAACACAUUUUAA